UUUCUAUUUUACAAUUAUCUGGGCUUUUUAGGAAAAAACGAAAAAAAAAGAAAAAAAGAAAAAGAACUUGCCUCUCACACGCUUACACAACAUUCACACGUGCGACAUGAAUGAGAUAGAAGAAGAAAGGGGAAGGAAAGGGAAGGGAAGAGGGAAGGGCAGUGUUUGGAUGUGGGCUUUCUUUUUGUGGUCCGUGUUUGGACCCUAAAUUCAAAGAGUCCAAAAAGUGAAAAUACCCUAUUCUUUGAAAAUUUUAUCUAUUCUGCCCCCCAACCCCAACCCCAACCCCAAUCCCAAUCCCAACCCCAACAAACAAAGUCUUAUCUGUUAAGUGUUAAAACCAAACAAACCAAAAUAAGAAAAAUAAAAGAAAAGGGUCCUAACAAGUUUUAUUUUCAGGUCCAAUUAGGUUUCUCGGGUUGGUUCGAGAUCGAAGCCCAAAUCUCUCUUUCUGUUACUGCAAAACCCUAGAUCUUCCUGCAGAGGCAUCGGAGCUCCGACUCCGAGACCGGCGAUCUUGUCAUCUUGUCUUAUUCUUCUCGCGACUGUGUGAAUUAUGAAGCCCAUCUAUGAUGACCCGAUGCUAGCCAGAUGACCCGGUGCUAGCGAGGCGGUUUCGGCCUUAACUCAUGUGGGUCCUCCAAACAUAACCAUCUGGUUAUAUGUCAUGAGGAAUCUCAGUUACGAGACAAGAUGGCAACACCUGAAGAGAACAAUGCACUGGCUUUGACUGAAGAGAACAAUGAGAUGACUACUCCAGAAUCACAGCCUAACAAACGGAGGAAAAAGAAGUCCAUAGUCUGGGAGCAUUUUACAAUAGAAAAUGUAGGUGCUGGAUGUAGAAGGGCAUGCUGUAACCAGUGCAAGCAAAGUUUUGCAUAUAGCACUGGUUCAAAAGUAGCUGGUACCAGCCAUCUCAAGCGUCAUAUUGCCAAGGGAACUUGCCCAGCUCUAUUACGCAACCAGGGAAAUCAGUUAACGCCGUUUACCCCAGGAAGUGGAAAUGGCAGUGCCACUGAUCCACCAAAGCGUCGUUAUCGAUCCCCUAGCUCACCGUACGUUCCAUUUGAUGCAGACCGUUGCCGCCAUGAAAUUGCUAGGAUGAUCAUAUUGCAUGACUACCCUCUUCACAUGGUUGAACAUUCUGGCUUUGUAAAUUUUGUUCAAAAUCUUCAACCAAGGUUCAGCAUGGUCAGCUUCAAUACUGUCCAUGGGGAUUGUGUUGCAACUUACUUGAGGGAAAAGCAGAAUGUUAUGAAGUUCAUUGAGGGAAUGCCUGGACGUGUUUGCCUCACAUUGGAUUUGUGGACUUCAAAUCAAAGUUUAAGUUAUGUGUUUGUGACUGGACACUUCAUUGAUAGCGAUUGGAAGCCACAUAAACGGAUUCUUAAUGUUGUGAUGGAACCAUAUCCUGACUCAGAUACUGCUCUUAGCCAUGCUGUUGCUUGUUGCCUUUCAGAUUGGAGUUUGGAGGGCAAAUUAUUUUCUGUCACUUACAAUCAUCCAGUGGGUGAACCUGGGCUUGAAAAUCUUAGAUCCUUACUUUGCAUUAAAAAUCCCCUUAUUCUUAAUGGUCAAUUAUUGAUUGGAAACUGCAGUGCUCGUAUUUUAAGUAGCCUUGCAAAGGAUGUGUUAUGGGCUGGGCGGGAUAUUAUCAAGAAAAUCCGAGACAGUGUAAAGUAUGUGAAGACUUCAGAAUCCCACGAGGAAAAGUUUGUUGACCUUAAGCAACACCUCCAAGUUCCCAGUGAGAAAAGCCUAUCUAUUGAUGACCAAUCUCAAUGGAACACAACAUAUCAGAUGCUGGUGGCUGCAUCAGAGCUUAAAGAAGUAUUUUCUUGUUUGGAUACAUCUGAUCCUGAUUACAAAGAGGCCCCAUCCAUGGAACACUGGAGGGAAGCUGAGACUAUAUGUUCUUUUCUGAAACCCCUGUAUGAUGCCGCCAACAUGCUUACCUCCACAACUAACCCAACAACAGUUGUGUUCUUUCAUGAAGUAUGGAAGAUCCAGACUGAUCUUGCUCGUGCCUUUACAAGUGAGGAUCCCUUCAUCAGCAGUAUUACCAAGGCAAUGCAAGAAAAGAUAAGCAAAUAUUGGAAGGAUUGCAGUCUGGUAUUGGCAAUUGCAGUAGUCAUGGAUCCCCGCUUUAAGAUGAAACUUGUUGAGUUUAGUUUUUCAAAAAUGUAUGGUGAAGAUGCGCCAACAUAUACAAAGAUUGUUGAUGAUGGCAUCCAUGAGCUCUUCCUUGAAUAUGUGGCACUUCCUUUGCCUCUAACUCCAACUUAUGCCGAGGAAGGAAAUUCUGAGAACAAUAUGAAGACAGAGGACCACCAGGGCAAUCUUCUAUCGGACAAUGGACUAACAGAUUUUGACGUCUAUAUCAUGGAGACUACAAGCCAGCAGAUGAAGUCCGAGCUGGAUCAGUACUUGGAAGAGUCUUUAUUGCCUCGAGUGCAGGAGUUUGAUGUGUUAGGUUGGUGGAAACUGAACAAGCUGAAAUACCCAACUCUUUCAAAGAUGGCUCGGGAUAUAUUAAGCAUUCCAGUAACCACAGUUGGUCCUGAUUCUAUGUUUGAUACUACGAUCAAAGAGCUGGAUCAGUACAGAAGUUCCUUGCGAGCAGAGACAGUGGAAGCCCUUGUGUGUGCCAAGGAUUGGCUUCAACAUGGAUCUGCUGAAGUCUCAAAUGCACUUGUGAAAAUGGAAUUUUAGAUGUAGAGUUUGCUUUGUUGCAGUAUAAUGUGUACGAUGUUAGGUUUAGUUCUAUGAUUCAGCAUUAGAUAACCUCAAUGUAUCAUUGGAAACAAUUAUCGGGAUUCUGAGACAUUAGAAAUUAAAUUCCCAUUAGUAAACCUGACAACCAUUGUGAUGAA